UUCAACACUACUAUAUAACAAAUAAUUUGAGCCAUGGACACAGCUCCUAAGACUCUUCACAGAGGAUGGGUUGUCAAACAGGUCAACUCUGGAGACACAAUAGUGUUGAAGGGGCGGCCAAGAGGCGGACCCCCUCCCGAGAGAAACGUCAGUCUGGCGUACAUUAGCGCACCCAAACUCGGACGCAGACCCAUCGGUAAUGAAGAAGCUACUAUUGAUGAGCCGUAUGCUUGGGAAGCUCGGGAGUAUCUGAGGAAACUGUUGGUUGGCAAGGAAGUAAGCUUCAUGGUGGAGCAUACCAUUCCCAUCAGCGGCAGAGAGUGUGCCCUUGUUUACAUCGGAACUGGAGAGAACUCAGAAUGUGUCAAUGAACUUAUGGUUAAAGACGGCUGGGCUAUCACUAGAAACAACAACAAACAAAACGAAGAGGUAGCAAAGUACUCGAUGUGGAUGAUAGAAGCUCAGACCUCUGGGAUCGGAGUUCACAACGAGGAUGGUAAAUCUGCCGCCAUCAGGGAUGUUAAAUGGGUUAUUGAGGACCCCAGGAUGUUAUUCGACGAGCUCAAGGGGAAACCACUCAAAGCUGUUGUCGAGUCAGUAAGGGACGGAGGAACCCUGCGUCUGAUGCUGGUACCCACCAUGAACUACAUCACCCUCAUGUUGACUGGAAUCAGAUGUCCUUCUUUUAAACCUGAUGGUGGUUCUGAGGACCAUGCUGACGAGGCACGAUACGCUGUUGAAACUCGAUUACUUAACAAAGACAUCGAGAUUUUACUGGAAGGUACAUCUGGAGGUAUGGGUAACGCCAGGAAUCAGAACUUUGUCGGAAGUGUUGUCACACCAGGAAACAUUUCUUUGUUCCUGCUUAAGGAGGGUCUUGCCAAAUGUGUGGAUUGGAGCAUGAAACUACUCACAGCUGAUCCAGAGUCAUAUCGUGCUGCAACUAAACAAGCUAAGGCGGAUAAGAAAAGACUGUGGAAGAACUAUGAAGGACCUGUAUGCACUGUGCCGAAAGAUCAGAAAGAAUUCUCUGGUAGAGUAACUGAGAUUGUGAAUGGUGAAGUAUUAGUGAUCAAGGUAGGAAGUGUCUACAAAAGAGUGACAAUGUCGUCCAUCAGACAACCUCGUCCAGCUGAAGGCACUGACGCUGGUCCCCCGAGCAGGGCUCUCUACGAAGUACCAUAUCUUUUUGAAGCUAGAGAAUUUCUCAGAAAACGACUGGUAGGAAAGAAAGUGAAUGCCACAGUUGAUUACGUGAGGCCAGCUGCUAAUGGGUAUCCUGAGCGAGUGUGUGCUUCUAUCUUCCUUGGUAAUCAGAACAUUCAAGAAGCAACCGUUAGCAAAGGUCUUGCUACAGUUGCGUGGCACAAACAAGACGACGAUGAGAGAGCUGCUAACUACGAUGCUCUUUUACUUGCACAAGAAAAGGCUAAGAAGAACAAAGUUGGCGUCCACUACGGCGGAGAGCCACCUAUUCACAAAGUAGCUGACCUCGCUGGAAACGCUGCCAAGAGCAAACAGUUUCUGCCUUUCUUACAGAGAAUCGGUCGACUUCACGCCAAUGUGGAGUUCGUCGCCAGUGGCAGUCGCAUCCGUGUUUACAUUCCUCGUGACACGUGUCUAGCUACAUUCCUUCUCAGUGGCAUCAGUUGUCCGAGAGCAGGCCGACCAUCUAUCAAAGGACAGCCGGCUACACCUGCCGAACCCUUCGGCGAUGAAGCUCUUGAGUUUAUCAAAGAUCAAAUUAUGCAGAGAGAAGUCGAAAUUGAAGUUGAGAGCUGCGACAAAGCAGGUAAUUUCAUCGGUUAUCUGUUUGCGGAAGAUAAGAACAUGUCUGUUGAACUUGUGAAAGAAGGCUUGGCCAAAAUGCACUUCACAGCAGAACGCGGAAAAUACUUCGAUCAUCUUUCCAGAGCUGAAGCAGACGCUAAAGCAGACGGAAAGAGAAUGUGGAAAGACUACGUUGAGACAGUCGUAGAGAAAGAAGAAUUAACAGAAAUCUCAGACAGCAAUAAAGCAGAAUCUACUCCAGCAUUAAAGGAGGUAGUUGUAACGCAUUUAGAAGAUUGCAGCAAACUUUGGGUACAGAAGUGCGCGGACGGACCCGGUUUAAUAUCACUAAUGAACCAAAUGAGAGCAGAUCUGAUCAGCGAUCCUCCACUAGCUGGCAGUUUUACUCCUCGCAACGGAAUGUUGUGCGCUGCUAUCUUUAGUGAAGACAGUAACUGGUAUAGAGCUAAAGUACUGAAAGUUCACAAAGAUUCAGACUUAAUAGAUGUUUUAUUUAUUGACUACGGUAACCAAGCUACAGUGUCCUCAACUGGUGCAGCGCAGCUCACUCCACAGUUCUCCAGUGUUCCCGGAGCCGCGGCCGAGUGUCAGCUGGCUUUCAUAGUCCCUCCUGAGGACGAGGAUUGGAAAGAAGAGAGUCUCAGAGAAGUUCAGAUGCUGACCCAAACUAAGCUGGUAAUGACAGUAGUCGGUAAGAACGGAAGUGCGGAUCUAGUCAGUCUAACAUCCAAUGGAACUGACAUAGCUACUCAUCUUCUUUCUAAUGGUCUUGUAGAGUACGAGAAACAGAGAAACAGAAACAAAUAUGGAACUCUGAUGUCCACGUACGAAACUGCAAUGGCAGAAGCCAGGAAAAACCGAAGAAACCGUUUCCAGUACGGUGACUUUACCCAAGAUGACGCCAAAGAAUUUGGAUACGCUAAAUAAGUUAACUUACAUCAGGAACAAACUUGUUUUAAAAUUCAUCAGUUUUACGGACAUACAUAUUUAUUUAAUUGUGGGUAAUUUUGAUUUUUACUGGCGACCUUUUUAAAUUUAUCCAGCCAAACACCAAUUUGAUGAUGGCCCCUUUCUGUCCUGUUGAUGACAUGAUGUUUUCUGUAUGAUACAAAUUUGACUUGAGGUAUAUAGUAUUGAUUUGUUAAAAUUUAAGAUUUAGAUAUUUCCAAAA